AUGCGUGACCCAGCCGAGUCCGUCGGAGAGCGACGCGACCACGUGUGCAGGCUGCACGACCACGUGUGCAGGCUGCACGACCACGUGUGCAGGCUGCACGACCACGUGUGCAGGCUGCACGGACCACGCUGCACGGACCACGUGUGCAGGCUGCACGACCACGUGUGCAGGCUGCACGGACCACCCGUCAUCGUCGUCAUCUGCUCUCCUCUCCCGCACCCCGAGCAGCUUGCCGUGGAGGUGGAGCGCCUCUCGGGGAGUCAGCGGCAGCUGGAGGAUGAGCUGCGUGACCUGGAGGACAAGAAGCAGUCGGUUGCGCACUGGGAGGCACAGAUCACCGAGAUCAUCCAGUGGGUCAGCGACGAGAAGGACGCCCGCGGCUACCUCCAGGCCCUCGCCACCAAGCUCAAUGAGGACCUCGACUCCUUGCGCAACUCCAGCCUCGGCGCCAAACCCAUGAACACACUGAGCCCUUAUUGCCACAACUACACAGAGUCCGAUGGCGCUAGGCAGGACACGCUGUGGAAGACGAGGCGCAGCCAGAAGGUGGAGAUGUCCGCGCGGCUGGAGCUGCAGUCUGCGCUUGACGCGGAGAUCCGUGCCAAGCAGGGCGUGCAGGAGGAGCUGACGCGAAUCAAGGCCACGCACAUGGCCACCGAGGGGAAACUGCAAGAGACUGAGAAGAAGAACAGCAGCCUCAUGGCAGAAUUGGACAUCCUUAAGAAAGAAGUGGCCGAGAUGAAAAGGCAACCAGACAAAGGUCUCAAACAACAGGACUCGAGGAACUCCCUCGUGCGAUAUUAUGAAACACCGUCGUCACCGGUCGACAAGCCAGACGAUGCAGAGCUGCGUCCCGGCCCCGUCUCUCAGCUGUCGCGCGCCACCUCGCUGCCUGUGCACUCCACGGCUGCACAGCCCAAGCCAAAGGCGCAUUCGCUGGUGGUGCGGACAUUCAGCAGCCCCACCAAGUGCAGCCAGUGCAGCUCCCUCAUGUUGGGCCUGGUGCGGCAAGGCUGCGCAUGCGAAGUGUGCGGCUUCUCAUGCCACGUGACGUGUGCCGAGAAGGCACCCCAGGUGUGCCCCAUCCCGGCAGACCAGACACGCCGGCCUGGUAUCGACCCGCAGCGUGGCACCGGCACUGCCUACGAGGGAUACGUGCGGGUGCCGAAGCCAGCGGGCGUCAAGAAGGGCUGGCAGAGGGCGUACGCGGUGGUGUGCGAUCUCAAGCUCGUUUUGUUCGACAUCCCCGAGGGCAAGACGGCACUGCCAAAUGUGGGGGUCAGCCACGUCAUCGACAUGAGGGAUGAGGAAUUUUCUGUGAGUUCGGUCCUCGCCUCCGACGUGAUCCACGCCAACCGCAAGGACGUGCCCUCCAUCUUCAGGGUGACGGCGACGCAGCUGACGACACCCCGUACGAGGUUAUCGACGCUGAUCCUCGCGGACACCGAGACGGAGAAGGAGCGCUGGGUGGGCGUGCUGAGCGAGCUGCAGAGGCUGCUCAAGCGCAACAAGCUCAAGGACCGUGCCGUGUACCAGGCGCGCGAGGCCUUUGAGAGCGGCCUGCCCUACAUCAAGACCACCCUGUCCGCCGCCGUCAUCGACCACGAUAGAAUAGCACUUGGAGCGGAAGAUGGGUUUUAUGUGCUCGAAGUCACCAAUGAUGUGAUCGUGCGCGUGGACGACUGCAAAAAGGUGACGCAGAUCGAGCUGAUCCCGGAGGCGCAGUUGGUGGCCGUGAUCACCGGCCGCAACCGUCAGCUGCGCCUCUACGUGUGGAAGGCGCUCGAGGGCUUGGAGCAUGAGCCCUACAAGGUGCCCGAGGCCAAGAACUGCCAGGCGAUCGCGGCAGGGCGUCCCAGCGGGCUCGGCGCCGCCGGCUCGGCCCUCCUCUGCCUGGCCAUGAAGCGCCAGCUGGUGUGCUACGAGCUGAUGGGCGGUGCUGCGCGCACGCGCCACCGCCGGAUUCGCGAGUACCAGCUGCCCAACGUGGCGCAGUGGCUCGCGGUGCUGUCGGAGGGCAUCUGCGUGGGAUACCAGUCCGGAUUCGCCAUCUACGCCACCGGGGCCGGAGAGGAGGCGUCGGGCCACUGCCUGGUGCAGGCCGAGGACCCCUCGCUGAGCUUCCUGGCGGCGGGCGGUGGCGCUCCAGCAGACGCUCUGUGCUGCGUGGAGAUCGUGGGCGGACCCGGCCCGGCACGCGAGUACCUGCUGUGCUUCUCCUGUGUGGGCAUCUACGUGGACCGGCAGGGCCGCCGCUCGCGCCAGCAGGAGCUCAUGUGGCCAGCACCUCCCACUGCGUGCUGUUACAACCCUCCGUACCUCUCGGUGUACAGUGAGAACACAGUCGACAUCUUCAACAUCAUCACCAUGGAGUGGAUACAGACACUGCCGCUGAAAAAGAUAAAGCCGCUGAACCCCCAGGGCACCCUGAACCUCCUCCCCUCCGAGCCCGUGCGUCUCAUCUACUUCCAAAACAAGCAAGCAGAGGGCGAGGACCUGCAUGUGCCUGAGACGUCGGACAACAGCCGGAAGCAGCUGAUCCGCAUGCGCAGCCGGAGGCACUUCUCCUACCGUGUGCCGGACGACGAGAAGAUCUCCUUGAGGGAGAUGAUUAUACGGGACCCAGACCUGCGCUCCAAGCUCAUCUCCGGUCCCACCAACUUCAACCACGUGGCGCACAUGGGCCCCGGCGACGGCAUGCAGAUGCUCAUGGACCUGCCCGUGCGCUCGUCGACGAUCCACGAGGAGCACCCGCAGGAGCGACCGCGCCCCGCCAUCUCGGGCUCCUCCAGCAUGGCAGCCAUGCCGCGGCACUCGCACGCCGGCCUCUCCACCAGCCCCAGCUCGCUUGCCCAGAACGGCAGCGCAGGGCGGAGGGAGGCGGGCGGCGCGACAGGCGGUGCCGGCCUGGGCAGUUCCGGUAGCGGGGGCUCCGGUAGCAAGAAGUGGCCCGUGGCGUCACCUUCGGACGGGUCCCUCUCGUCGGGCGGCCCCGACCAGCACAGCGAGGGCCACGGGCCCCGUGCCGACUCGGAGUUUGAGCGCGAGGACUCGGACUCUCCACGCCACUCCACGGCCUCCAACAGCUCCAACCUCAGCAGCCCGCCUAGCCCGCUGUCUCCACCGCGCAACCAAGGUGGCGGCAGCAGCGGCGGCGCUGGUGGCGGCGGUUUGGGCGGCCACUCCCCGUGGGACCUUUGAGUCUGGGCACGCGCGACACCCAACGGCGGUGUUGGUGGUCGCAUGCCCGCGCCAUUCCUCCUCGAUCGCCCCCGAUGGUGACGACUGCAACGACGAGGACAAGAUGGGGGGGGGGGUGUGCCCAAAACCGGUGCUGGGAGUGUUGGGGGGGGUGGGGGGGGGGUCUGCCCAGCCACGUUUGUCUUUUGCCUGAAGGGAGCCCCGCCAGGUGACCCCGCCCGUGCCCCACCCCGCCGCAGCCUGCGUGGGAGCGAUGGAACGUCGUGUUCCUGUGGGGCCUCGGGGCUCCACGCGCCAGAUGCCCCACACCGCUGCCUGUGAAGGGACCCCGGGCCCACCCACGCACGCACGCACUCACUCACACUCGUUUUCUAUUCCUCUUUGUGUUGCUCCCCUCUCCCAACCCGGGGCUCCUGUGCCUGUCUACGGAGACAAGGGGAGGGGGCAGCUGGGAGUGUUAAAGAGAGUUUCGUUAUAAAUACCGAUAAUAUAAUAACUAUAAUUACAGUAAUUACCGAUUUAAAGAAAAAAAAUUGAGAAACAAAAGAAUUAACUUAAAAUUGUCCUGAAUUUUGUUCCACUUUCAGAACAUGCAGAGUUGUUUUGUUUAACCCCGAGCCGUUGCUGCUACGUGCGGUCACCCGUCGUAUUCAACGGUUCCAGGAGCCUCCAAGCAGAUGGACGUAGGACGUCCCGUGCAUCUCACGGCUGUCCCGUGUCCACGCUGCCUCCGUGAUCCGACCACUAAGGCCACCGGCCACUGGCACUGCAGAACCUCUCCUGUGAGAGGCACCAGGGCGCUUGGCGAGCGGCGAAGCUCGGCGCUGUGCCACGCUCGUACCCCCCCCCCCCCCCCCCCGCGUCGUCCCUAUUGGGAGCAGAGCGGGGGCCUUGUACCGUUUGGGUGGGUGGGGGUUUGUUAAACGUUUUUUCCUGCGACCAGCAAUCGCUUUGUGGUGGCUGCCUCUGACGGCAUAUGCAGUCUCCCGGAGUCUUCUUCACAGCCCCCACUUUUUGCAGCGGGAGGCGCCGGGGACGAGGGUGGUGGGGUCAAAACCAGCAGCACCGUGGAACUAGGAAACACUACAGCGUUGCGUGUUCUUGUCGACCCAACGCACGGCAAACGCGUGUUGCGGUUGUUUAUUUCUGUAAGAUAUUUCCGAUCACAAACUUGCGUGUGUUCUUUUUUCACGUGGUUAUUUUCGCUGGAACAUGCAGGUGUUUGUUUGUUUUUCUUUCACGUUUUUAAUAUUUUGUUGUUGUCGUUGCCGAAGUGGUGCAGACACAGCGCGGGACCCGUUACCUCGUGGUGUUGGUGGGGUGCAGAGAGAUUUUUUUCUUUUUUUUCCGACCGGGAACAGUGCGCUGUGCGCCAAGCAUUGUGUGCGGGUUGGUUGCGAGGGUCUGUGCCGUGGAGCCAGCGCGCGCAGGGGGAUUGUGGACCAUGUCAAGGUUGCAAAAAGUGAUUCCUAAGUUUGCCUGCUCGGCGUUCAGAGCACCCGUCUCUACUACUGUUUUUAGCCGUCGCCAGAACAGAAGCUGCUCCCAAUGUUAUUACCUAUCGCCCGUUGUAGCGUUCGUUUUAUUUCCCUCACUCUAGACAGUGACCAAGACAUAGUCGAGCUUGCAAAUGGGGGAGGGGGGGGUGCUGUGGUAGACGCCGAUUGAAAAAUGCUUUAUUUUGAAAUUGUGCAGUGUCGACGGGGGUGUGAUGAGCGAGUUGGAAACAUCAACCCUGAACUGUGCGCUCUCUCGAGUGUGAGAAUAUGUACUUGUGUGCGCGAGUGCGAGAGUGUGAAUACUAGUGCGAGUGUGCGCGCGUGCGUGUGUGUAAGUGCAUGUUUGUUCUUUGCCGUCGUUGGGAAUAAUUACGGCGGCCAAUCAAUCAAAAAAUUAAGACAAAAAUUGUCAUCCAAUGUGCUAGCUUCAUCUGGUUUCUGGGGUCUCAGGUUAUCUGCAUACUGUAGAUAGAUUAGUUUUAUUUUCUGGCUCGCCCAAGCAGUCCUUGUUUUGAGGGGGGGGGGGGGGGGGGUAAUAACGUGUUACGCAUGUGUUUCCAAUAUAAUCUCUCAUAUCUGCAACUUCUGAUUACUUUUUCGGUCCAAACGUGCACUGGCCCAGCUGUAUAAUCUUCACCACGCUCCCCGUGGGUGCGUCAUAGCUCUCCGUGCCGCCCAAGUCGCUGUAAAUGUUUAAAUUGUUUUGGAUGGUGUGCAGAUGUGGGUGGCAGUGUUUGUGGGUGGUGGGCGGGGCACCCACGUGAUGUGGGAGAAGGCCUCGCACGCUCAUGAUGCGCAUUCGUCGUCAUCGCAAAUCCGCCGCACCACUGUCUUCGUCACGGGCCCCCAUGUGGGACCUCGUCGCGUUGCCAAGCCGAGGCCAAUUUCACGGUCGCCUCCAUAGCCCGGAGCUAUGGCAUCCACGAGUCGGGCAUCGGGCCACACGACAAAACAGCCCUGGGCGGACGUGACGUCCCAUCGGAAGGAGCCACCCAUGUGGCCCCGAAGGCCAUCUGCUCACUCUCCACCGAGUAGUUCAAUGCACUGCGUCUUUCAUCGCAGAUUGCUCCGUAAACUCGCUCGUUUGCUCCCUCCCUCCUCUUUGCCAUAGAGGGCCUGGGCCCCACGAGGCCGCUGAGGUGCCCAGGUGCUCGCCAGUGAGGCCCCAUCCCCUGGCUGCUGGGCCCAACACGGUUUUAGGGCGGGGGGAUGGGGGGUUGCGUUACAUCUUGGGUGGGGCGAGAGGGGUGGGCAUGUGAAAGCGGCUGCCACGGGGACUCUGUGGGCAGUGAUUUCAGUGCCAGUAUUUGUUGCCUUUUGUAAGCGAAUUAAUUGACACAAAGUACACGCAACAGAUGACGACACCGUGUUCCCCCAUGGCUUGCUAGCUUUGUUAUUUUGUUUUUGUUUUGCGUCUGUAAGAAUGUUGUACAGUUUUGCAUGAUAACGUGGGUGUAUUUUUUUUAACAUCAAAGGCACGCGGCAUAGAGAAGAGCGUUCGCUUGUAUUAAUGUUCGGAGAAAAAAAAUCACACCUUGGUUUUUAAAUGAAAUUUGCUGUAAGAAAUAUAAACUUAAAAUUGUGCUGGGGCUUUUUUUUCUUUAUUUUGCACACGAAUAUUUAUAGAGGGGUUAGUGCAUCGACAGCAGCAGGUUAAGAACACUUCGUAAUAAUGUUUGACACAAACAUGAUAUCUUAUAUUAACCAAACCUUAAAACAUUGCAAAAUAAACAUAAAAAUCGACGACC